AUGGCCCAGCAAAAGACCCUUUCCGCCAAGCCUGGCGUGUUCAACUAUUCUGGACUGUCCUCAGUUGUCUUCAAGAAGAAGCUCUAUGUCUUCUACAACAACGCUGACCAGAACGGUGGUUGGUACAAUGUAUUUGAACGAGAGACCAACCACUGGUCUGGGCCUUUCUCGUUCCGCCAGGGUGGCGCUACCUUUAUGUCACUGGCCGAGUACACCAAUCCUGCUGCUGUUGUUUGGCGCGGCACUAUCUACGUCUUCUUCAAUGGUUCUGGAUACAAUGGAACCUUUUGGACAUCGUCUACCGAUGGAAAGAAAUGGGCUCAGGUGAAGUCUAUGAGCGAGGCCAUGGGUACUCCUGCCGAGAACUUUGCGAAAUACACCAGUCCAAGUCUUGCCGUCUUCAAGAACGCUCUGUACAUUGUAUGGAACAAUGUUUCUGACAACGGUACCCUGAGAUACACUACCUGGAGCGACCCAUCUGGAAAGAUCGCGAAUCCGAUGGAUGUCACUGCCGCGGGGCUCAGCAUUCGCCGUCAAACAAGCGUAGCUUUGGCCACCUUCAAGGACAAGCUCUGCCUCUUCUUCAACGGCUCUGGCAGCAACGGCACCUGGACCACUACGUUCAGUGGCUCAGGUUGGACUCAAGUCAUCCCUGUGACCAUGCCUCUUGCAGGUUCCGCCUUGGACUACACUAGUCCCGCUGCAUCUGUCUCCGACGACGGAAGACAGCUUACUCUUCUGUGGAAUGGUUCUGCCAACGACGGACUUUGGUAUACCAACACCAUGGAUGGUACUACCUGGACACCUCAGAUGAGCAUCAGCCAGAUAAUUGGGGGUCAGACCGUUCUUUACAAGAGCAGCCCAUCUAUUGCCAGUUACCGCGGAAUUCCGUACGUCUUGUGGGUCAGCGACGACGCAAAUGUCUGGUACAGUCAGGGAUUGACCUUGUCGCUCGACGACGGAGAUUACAACGCCAUGAUCAAAGCCAUCCUAGCCAGUAGCGACUUCACAGUCGUCACUGCAGAUGCAAAAGUCCUUCAGUAUCUUCAGACGCAGAUCCCAUCGCUCCAUGCCUUUCUCCAGAAGCCUGCGGACAACGGCUGGGCAGCCUUUGUUGCGACUUUCAUGGCUUCCAACACAGCUUUGACUCCCCCGGCUGUGAUCGGCAUUUUCGCUGUAGCCACGCUCGCAGUCAACGCAGGAUUCGAUAUCAGUGUAGACGUCUCUGAGGGAACCUUUUCCUUCCGCCAGCCUCCAACUUCGGCGUAG